AUAUUUUCGUUAAGUAAUUAUCUACCGUAACUGAUCAGUAUCGCGGUAUGAUCUCCAGUCAAAAAUGUUUCACAAUUAUUGUUAUUUUCGCCACUCUACUUACGAUAUAUCUAAUUUCGUACAGUGUAAGAAAAAAAAGUGAUUCUACUAGUGACCACAAACCCACAUUAAUUAAAAAUUCCCCACUUUUGGGGACUCUAGCCAAGGUAAAAAAAAUUACCAAAUGUUUCGACAAAACCAUGGAGCCCCAAAUCACCCAAAGGGGCCAAUUUUUCGUCCUGUCCAACUACGUGCCAGCUUCAAGCCAAUUCAAAUGCCACGAAAGCAUCACAGUGACCACACAAGGCGAUUUUACUUUUAUCGAAAAUUUGCUACCACUGGUGGAGAGGUGGCAGGGGCCUGUUAGUGUCGCCUUGUACGCCCCUGGAACCGACUUCGACCGAACAGUCGCUUCGAUCCGCUACUUGCGCGAAUGCACCAAUCACAUCAUUGAAAAAUUUGUCACGUUUCACAUUUUCUUCGAGACUGAACAUACGCCAGAAACGGUUUCCUGGCCUGAGGGGGCCUUUGACUGCGCCCAAAACCCCCCGUUUCGGGAAAGUUCGGCCCAAACGUACAAAGCCGAAAACGAUCUCGUCUACCCGAUCAAUGUGGGUCGAAACGUUGCGAGAGAAAUGGCAACAACGCACUUUGUCCUAGCGCUGGACAUCGAACUGUUCCCCAAUCCCGGAUUUAUCCCGAAAUUCCUGGACAUGAUCGCCCGGGACGAGCCGCCCCUGGACCGUCCCUACCCUCGAGUGUUCCCUUUGCCAGUUUUCGAGAUCAAAUCGGGGGAGAAAAUCCCCGAAAACAAGUCACAACUUCGCGAAAUGUUGGAUAAAAAUCUUGCAAUUUACUUUCACAAGGAUAUUUGUUACUCCUGUCACAAAAUCCCGAAGUUCGAUCAAUGGAAACGGUUAAAUGAGUCGCAAAAUUUUGGGGUUUUUCGGGUGGUGAAGAGGAUUCAUGAACACAAACACUGGGAACCGUUUUAUGUUGGUACGAAUGCGGAGCCGCUCUAUGACGAAAGGUUAAGUUGGGAAGGAAGGAGGAAUAAAAUGACCAAUGGGUUCAUUUUGUGUGUGCUUGACUACGACUUGAUGGUUCUGGAUAAUGCCUUUUUGGUACACAGGCCAGGGAUUAAGGAAAAGUCCGCCAAAAAUGAAAGGAGGAGUAAGUUGGUCAAGGAAACCAAUAAACUGAUCGAGCAACGAAUUUUGCCAGAAAUGAAGGUUUUGUACGGGUUUAAAGACGGUUGCAUUGUUUGAUUUGAAUUUUUUUGUGAUUUUCUUUCAUUUUCAUGAUUUAAUAGACGUAUUAACGAACGCAACGUCAUCAUGUCUUUUGGCAAUUUAUACUUUAUUACUUGUCACUAGUCACUAGUCACUAGUGGGUUAUUUUUGAAUUUCUAUAAAUAUGCAAUCGAUAAUUGCAAUACCAAUAAAAAAAAUGUAAUCAAGAUUGCACUGUUCUGGGUAGUUUCAAGUUUGUCGUGACAGUUUUGCUAAAAUUUUCUUAUGUAUUAUUAUUAUUAUUUAAAAGAUUAAAAACCAGUCAUGAUUCAAUUAAGGUUCCAGGUGGUAAGUGGUAAGUGCAAUUAGUAUUUUUGGUUGCAUCUUAGGACAUGUCAGAAGUAACCUACUAUUGACUCAUCCUGUAUACUUUUUCUAUAGUAACAUAGGGUGAUUCUUUUCGGGCCUACAUUAGAAAAUUUUUAACUUCAAAAUAUAGCUAGAGCUUUAAAAUUUUGUAUACGAUAUAUAUUGACUAUUCCGAGUUUAAGUGAAUUAUUUUCAAAAUGGCUAAGUUUUCGGAACUACGAGAAAUUGGCGUCAAGUUUAAAAUUUUAAGUAGAAACCACUCAUUUUUAUUGCAUUUUUAAAUUUACUUUCUUCAAUUGAAUAAAAUUUACCUAAGUUAUAAGUAUUUAUCUGUCAUAGUUUGUGACAUAUGUCAAUUUUUUGUUAAUAUUUUUAUUCGCAGGGGAUAAUUUAAAAUAUCACAUCUCUUGAACUCUUUGCGAUAAGUGAAUAUUUUUUUUGCAUUUGAUAAUCGAAGGUUUGAGGAGCCAUCUAGAAUUUUCAAAAUUGUCAACUGUUAAAAUUCACGGCUAAUAUGAUUUUUUUAAAAUGCUCAUCAAAAACGGCUAUAACUCACAUUUUUAAAUAGAACGAUCCUAUUUUCUUAACGGCAAUUUAAAAGAACAUUGCUAUUUAUCUUGACUUUUAUCAACACAUCCUAUAUCUAUCUCUUACAGUUUUUAAAAUAAUCACAAAAAACGAAUUUUACUUUGUAAUUUUCGUCGUUAAUCAAGUAGGCUUUGCAAAAUGGUCAACAAUUGUCAAACUUUAUUAUUUUAUGUGGUUUUUAGCUGAUUUAUUAUCGAAUAAUCAGUAAAACAAUAAUAUUUAAUUACGGUUUAUUAUAACUUAGUGAAUUAUCUAAGUAACUCAGUGGGUCUGCCAUCGAAUUUCGAACUUUUUGAAUAAAAAUGGUGAACAAAUCGAACAUUUCUUUUAAUUAAUAGCACAAUUUUAUAACAUUUUUCAAAAGUUUACUGGAUUAAAAAUAAAAAUCAUCAGCCAUUGUUCCAUGUUUUGCGAUUAUUUCAAAAACAGUAAGAAAUAGAUAUACAGGGUGAUUCAAAAGUGACGGACAAACUUUUGUAUGGUGAUAAAUGACGUUCAGUUAGACACAAAAAUGAAGUCAUUUUUCUCAAGCAAGUUUAUUUUUAUAUAUUUUUUGAUUUGUUUUCUUUAGCAACGCUAUCGAUUUUUGGUCUUUUAGUUCCUACGAUGUCGAAUUUAGUUUAUUGACGAUUUUGUAAGUUUUGUAAUUGUUUUGUACGUCAAAAGAUAUUAAUUGUUGAUUUUUUCCAACAAAUAUUUAUUUAAUGUUGCAAAAGCUGUCGUUUCCGCGAACAGAAAUGAAAAAAUAUGACCAAAAGCACCAAAAACUUUAGAGAGAUCUCGUGAAAGAAAGCUUUGUCAUUGAAACUUUUAAUUCAAUUUGAUGUCCUUUAUCAGCACCUGGUACUUUGAAUCACCCUGUAGAAGAUGUUAAUACAAAUUUUUAUAAAAAUUGACGUUUUUUGUUGCUAUUAAAAAAAACGGUAUCAUUCUAUUAAAAAAAAGCUCUUAUAAUCAUUUUGUGAUCAUUACUUUCAAAAAAUCAUAGUAGCCUUAAAAUUUGACAAUUUGACAGGUUUGAAAACUUUAGAAAACGCUUCAAAUUUUUGGUUAUCAAAUGAAAAAAUAAUUAUUCACUUAGUCUAAAAGGUUCAAGAGAAGUGAUAUUAUAUAAAAUAUGACAGACAUUUUAUUUAUUAAUUUUUUUGAAUUUUGGUUUUAUGAAAGUAUGACAGAGAAGUACUACCAACUAGGACACACUUUACUUUAAAAGUUUAAUAAGACAAAUUUAAAAAUGCAAUAAAAAUAGGUGGCUACUAAACUUUCUAAAUUGGCGCCAAUUUUCUAUCGUUCCGGAAGUUCAACCAUUUUGAAAAUAAUUUAUUUGAAUUUAAAAUGGUUGAUUUGAAUCGUGUAUAAAAUUUUGAAGAAUAGUUUCUAAAGAAUAACCCUGUAUAAUGUAAAAAAUAGCCUUGUCACUUGUAACUUUUACGAAAUGAGUCUCUGGUGUUAAGUAAAAUUUUAUCAGUUCGAUAGAUUUAUUACUUAAUUCGGACAAAUACAAAAUUUACAACCUGUUUGUCUUAACAGAUUAUCUCUAAUAAUUUAGUAUUGUAUCACUAUUUAUUUAUUUUAUUAAUUCUUAUCAAUAAAAGAUUUUUAUCACAAA